GUCUGCGUGGCAAGGGCCUGUCUUUGCUCAAGGGAAGACCGCCGAUCGCCAUCGAGCAAAGGGCCCGAGGGCCUUCGUCAGAGUUACCAAUACGAGAGGAUCCGCCUCGCCAGCACAAUCGGCCACGCAGUGGAUUUGACAGACUCCACCCCGCCUCUCCCCAGAUUCCCCGCAAUGGAAGCUUUUCUCGUGAUUAUUAGCAAGGCUCGGCAAGGCUCGAGCAUGAAGCGUCGGCCGCGGAAGAUGUAGCCGCCGCCUGCGAUGUGACGUACAGUUUCACUUGCUCUACUUCCAUUUCCCCUUCACUCACAUCUCGUUGCCAUCCUCUCUCUGCUUCUCGGGGGUCGCAACUCGCAGCAAACAUGGCAGACGUCGAAAAGACGGCGCGCAAUGCGUCGAAUGUCAGCGCCGGCUCGGAUGCGCAUGCUCGCCCCGAGCAUCUCGAGGAACUCAACCACACGCGCACCGCCGUCGAUGUGGUCGAAGUGACGACCGAGAACCCCUACAAGGAGAUCAACUUCAUCGGUACAUACAUUGCCAUUGCACUUGCAACAUGUGGUGCUUUUGCGGGCUUCGUCAUGCCCGUCACUGCGCUCACCAUUAUUAACGCGGAAAUCGGUCCCUCGCUCAACGCCGACUGGGUUGCUCUAGCCUGGACCCUCUGUAGUUCCGUCGGCUUCACCCUCAUCGGACGACUGAGUGAUAUUUUCGGCCGACGAUGGUUCUUCGCAGGCUGUUCCGCCCUCGCCUCUGUCGGAUGCAUCAUCGGGUGUACCGCUAAUAGCAUCGACCAGCUCAUCGGUGCAUCCGUUUGUCUGGGCCUCGGUGCCGCCGGGCAGAUCUCGUUCAACUACGUCUUGGGCGAGCUGGUGCCGAUUCGACAUCGUUUCGCGGCAAACGGCCUCAUCUUCUUGAGCACCCUCCCUUUCUCAGGCUUGGGAGCGUGGUUUGCGCGUCUAUUGAUCGUGCACUCGUCGUCGGGGUGGAGGGCAAUCUACUACCUUGCUCUCGGCAUCAAUGGCGGCGCAACCCUCUGCUGGAUCCUUUUCUACUUCCCUCCCGAAUUCCACAACCUCCACAAGAAUCGCACGAAAUGGCAAGAGCUUCGGGAGUUGGACUUUGGCGGCAUCAUCUUGUACAGCGGCGGUCUACUCCUCUUCCUCCUUGGUCUGUCCUGGGGUGGCAGCCUCUACGCAUGGGAUUCAUCAUAUGUGAUUGGCACAUUAGUGGUCGGCGCUGUGGCGCUCGUUGCUUUUGUGUUCUACGAAAUCUACAUGCCGCUACACCGACCUUUGAUCCCAAUGGCGUUGUUUAAGAACUACGAUUAUGAUAUGGCCAACAUCCUGUCUCUUGUGGGUGGUAUCGUAUACUACACUGCCAACGUGCUCUUCCCAACCCAAGUGGCAUAUCUCUACACUACAGACAUCGUCAAAGGCGGCCUGAUCAGCACCACAAUCGGCGCAGGCGUGGUAUCCGGCCAGUUCUUCGGCUCCUGGAUUGCCGUCCCCGGCGGCUUCUUGAAACUAAAGGUCAUCUUCUACACCGUCGGCCUCUGCGGCUUCACCGCGUCGUUGGCGGGCUCGACGCACAGCUCGGCGGUGGGAGAGGCGCUGGCUUAUUGCACUGGUCUGAUGAUUGGUCUGCUGGAAGUCACCAUUAGCACGGUGGUGACGAUUGUCAUUGACGACCAGUCAGAGAUCGGAACGGCCGCGGGAGUAUUUGGCAGCAUUCGAGGCGCUGCGGGCGUCUUGGGAACCGCCAUCUACACCACCAUCUUCAAAAAUGAAAGCAAGAAGUACAUCACCAGCGACGUCGCCCCCGCCCUCGUAGCCGCCGGCUUGCCCAUCACCUCUGUCCCGGACUUCCUAACAGCCGCAUCGACCGGCGCCGUCUCUGCGCUGGAAAAAGUGCCCGGCAUCAACAAGAAGAUCAUAGCAACAGGCGUGGCUGCGCUGACCAACGUGUACUCGCAAGCCCUCAAAACGACGUGGUUGGCGAGCAUCGCUUUCGGCGGCUUGGCUGUCCUCGCUGCCGUCUUCUCGCGUAAUAUUGAUAAGAAGCUGUCGCACGAUGUCAUUCGGCGGUUGGGCCAUGGUUAUGUGCCGAGUAAGGCGGGGCAGCCUGCGACGGCGAAGGAUAAUGGUGUUCAGGCGGGACUGGAUGAGAAUGAGCACAGUCCGAAUGGCGAACAUGAGAAGGAUGGGGAGUCUGUGUCGAAGUGAAGACAAAGAUCGAUAGGAAAGUAGGCUUAAUUUGGAGGCAUGAAAGACCUCCCGCUCGACGAAAAGCAU